AUGAUAAACUCUGCAACUUCUACUGCUACGUCCAGCGGGUAUGGAACUACCAUCAAUAGAAAUGGUAACGUGGCCACCUUAUCCUCCAAUGUUAAGGCGAUUGACACCUAUGGUGACGAGUUUGUAGCGCCUGAUUACUCGAUCAAGGAUAUCUUAAAGGCGAUUCCUGCUCAUUGUUACGAGCGUAGAGUGAUCGAGUCGAUGUACUAUGUUUUCAGAGACAUCUUUUGGAUCGGGGUGUUCAUGUACGUCGCCAAUAACUACAUUCAAUUGCUUCCAGCUCCAUGGAUGAGAUUUGCAGCUUGGGGUGGUUACGUGUGGGUUCAAGGAUUGCUCCAUACUGGGUUGUGGGUUUUAGCACACGAAUGUGGCCACCUGGCUUUCAGCGACUACAAGUUGGUAAAUGACACUGUGGGAUGGGUAUUGCACAGUUAUCUCAUGGUUCCUUACUUUAGCUGGAAAUUUUCUCAUUCCAAACACCACAAGGCCACGGGUAACUUGAAAAGAGAUACCGUAUUCAUUCCAAAGACCAAGGAAGAAUUCUUGGAGUCUAGAGAUCAUGACCACGACAUCGAUGACAUUGUGGGUGACUCUCCCAUUUAUACCUUGUACCAGCUCAUUCUUCAACAAUUUGGUGGAUGGAUCGCUUACUUGUUCACCAACGUUUCUGGACAAAAAUAUGAAGGAAAGAAAUGGUAUCAAAAUAACCACUUUAACCCCGCCUCUCCUAUUUUUGAAUCUAGAGAGUAUUGGUACGUUGUGAUGUCUGACAUUGGUAUCUUGACCCAACUGAUCGUAGUGUACACUUGGUACAAGAAAUUUGGAGGUUUCAACUUGUUGGUUAACUGGGCUCUUCCUUAUGUGCUUGUUAACCACUGGUUGGUGUUCAUCACCUUUCUCCAACAUUCCGACCCAAGAAUGCCCCACUACACCCCUGAGCAAUGGAAUUUCGCUCGUGGUGCCGCUGCUACCAUGGACCGUGAGUUUGGGUUUGUCGGAAAGUACAUUUUCCACGACAUCAUCGAGACUCACGUCUUGCACCACUACGUUUCUAGAAUUCCUUUCUACAACGCUCGUGAGGCUAGUGAAGCCAUCAAGAAGGUGAUGGGAUCUCACUACCAACACAGUGAUGAGAACAUGUGGGUUUCGUUGUGGAAGUCUGGUAGAUGGUGUCAAUACGUUGACGGGGACAACGGAGUGAUGAUGUAUAGAAAUGUCAACAACAAGGGUGUUGGCACUGGCAACAAAGCUUAG